UGAGAUGGUGGAGUGUGAGGCCUAGAUUCACACUCAGCUGACAAGGCAAUGAAACGUAGAAAGCACGCAUUGGCUCGGUCUCUGAUACACUCCGUAAAUGAUACGACAUACGCGAAAAAAACUGUAUAUCAUCCACGCCACUCCAUCCAUUUAACAUAAGGGGGCAACUACGAAUGUUUGUUUAGCGCGCGAUAGACGUUCUGGUUGUGGAGGAAAAUCUUGGCGUGAGAAUGACCAGUCGCCCUAGUGCAGUGCUGGGGUUGAUAGCACUGGCGGCGAUAUUACUGGGCCAAGCUACGGAAGCGGUGGAUUUCGAAUUCUCUAAUAAUGCCCAGGGAACCACCGGUGGCAACAGAUUCGAUCAAGAGAUCGGCCAGAGCGGAGCCCUUGAAAUUAUGGACUCCUCCACCAAAUUCAUCUGGGAUACCUUCCAACAGCAAUCGGCUGCAGACAGAAAGAAUGUGGUAAACGUUACUCUCAUCAUCGAAAGCAUGGAAGGCGUUGCGUAUACAAGUGCGGACGAAAUUCACCUGAGUGCAGAUUAUGUAGGUAACUACGGAGGGGACGUGAUGGCAGAAAUUAGAGGAGUUUUGUACCACGAAAUGACACACGUGUGGCAAUGGAACGGGCAGGGAAAAGCCCCCGGUGGGCUCAUUGAAGGCAUUGCAGACUAUGUGCGCCUCACUGCAGGGUUGGCUCCUUCCAACUGGGUUAAGCCAGGCAGUGGAGACAAAUGGGACCAGGGUUAUGAUGUUACUACCUACUUCUUGCAGUAUUGUGACAGUAUUAGCUCUGGAUUUGUUGCCAACAUAAAUGCUAAAAUGGCUUCCGGAUGGGACUUGGGGUUCUUUAUUGAGCUCACUGGCAAAUCUGUUGACCAGAUUUGGAGUGACUACAAGAAUACCAAAUAUGCUUCUUCCGCUAAGAUUGUAACCGUAAGUGUUUUCUUAGUUAUUGUAAUUAAAGAAUAACUUAUAUAAAUUCUUUCUAAGGAGGUCAAACACUGUGCUAUAUUGUCCUGCUUAAAGAUCAAUAUUCUUUUCUUUUAUGAUCUUUCUAUUAUAGCUAUGUCAAAAAAGUGAAGGCCAAAUGGGAGAUGUAAAUCUGUACCUACCUUAAAAUGACAUUGAUUGCAACCAUGAUGUAGUCAUAUUAGCAAUUUGUA